AUGACCGAGCACUUGUUCGAGAGCUCCAUGAGAGGUUUUAAUGGUAGUCGCAAGCAGCUGGAAAACCUCAUGGCGUCUCAGCUCGACCCUUCUGUUGUCUCCCUCUUUGCCGAUGCAGUCCGAACAGUCUACCAGGCACGUCGCUCACUUGCUGCGCUGCUGCUGACGUUUGCUGCUGCAGAGGUCACUAACGAAUGGGGGGACGGCGACAACAUGGCGAAACGAGAGAGUUUGAUAGAGCAGACUGUCUCAGGGUUUGUGACGAAGCGGAAUGCUCCUGAUCCCAGCGAGUUGGAGGAAUUUCUGGAUCAAUACCUGCAGGAAAUGUUCAACACGGAGGCGGAUGAUGACAGUCCGUAUGAGGUUUCCCAUCUCAUCUGCAGAUUGUUCGAACUUGUGCGGUCUGGCAGCAUUGAAGAAGCUCGUGCUCUGCUCAGUGCCCCUGCGGCCAGCCUGGAUCAAUGUGUAGCAGACAACCAGGGGGAGGAGGACAGCAGCGAUGGAGGUUCGGACUUUGAGCUCACCGCUGAGCAGCAGGCGGUGUGUAUGCUGCUUCGUACGUGA